AUUCGCUGGGCUCUGUGUUUGAUAAACAGGGCGUUGGGUUUGACUUCAUGCCGGUUUGCAGUGUCGUCUUGUUUUCCCAAUGGGUUUUGCAGGGGUUCCUUAAUCCUGUAUGUAAAUUACAGCCAAUAGAUGCUGUCGUUGCGUUGGGUUGGGAUUAGCAGAGGGGCGAAUGAGUUUCAAUUUUACUGGAUUACAGAACAAAGAAGGGGAGGGGGCUCGCUCCUCUGCAAAAGAAAACACAAAGAAAGCGAAAAAAGAAAAUAAUCCAGGAAAUCCAUGCUGAAAAUGCAGUAAACAAAGUUAAAUAAUAAUAAUAAAAAUGCAUUGGAUUAAGGUUUUGGUUUGGGGUCGUCAGAUCAGCAGCGAAAGAAAACACUAGCUGUUCCAAUUGGAUUAAGCGAGGAGACGCAUUUUUAUUCCGGGAUUGAGAACGUAAAGAAAUUAAAGCGGUCGUUUGUGUGGUAAGAAUGGCGCAACCCAGGAAGCAAUGUGAAGGAAUCCGGACCAUUCCCAGAGCUGAGCCGCGUGUCCCCAAUUUUACUGGAAAACAGGAGAUCUUCUCCAGCCUAGUGUCUGCCUUAGACUCAGUGUGCACUGCGCUCUCCAAGCUCAAUGCAGAGGUGGCCUGUGUGACAGUGCAUGAGGAGAGUGUGUAUACGGUUGGGACUGAAAAAGGCAGAGUCUUCCUCAACUCCAGAAAGGACAUACAGACAGACUUUCAGAAAUUCUGCAGGCCCCCCUGUUUGCCUGUCUCACCUUUGCCAGUUAAACCCCCGGACAAUGAGGUGCCAAAGCCUGCCAAGGAGUGCAGUCGUGGGGCACCGCGCGCCCCCUCUGAACCCCAAACAGACAUCUUUGCUCUGAGGAAAAUGGUGGAAGAAGUUUUCAGCGUGCUUUACAGUGAGGCUGUGGGGAAGAGCAGCCUGGUGCCUGUGCCUUACGAGCGGGUGCUGAAGGAGCCUGGCUCGCUGGGGGUCCUCGGCCUGCCGGAGGGGGUAUCGUUGAGGAAGCCCUCCGAGUACGACGCCAAAACCUUAAUGAAGAUCCUGGAGCAAAGCAACCGCCUCCGCUUCGUCGUCAAGAGGCCUCAUGAGGAGCCGCCCCCUCGCGAUUCGAAGCCAUCCUCGGAUCUGAACCGCACCUCGCCCGGCAACAAGUGCCUGCACAACCACACUGCCAAACCAUACAAUCAGGAGAUGCCCUCCAGCAGCGCCAUGCUCUCCAGCUUCCUGUUUGGGAUCCCGCUUCCUGCCGAAGCCAAGCAAGAGCUGCCGCCCCCCACCUCCCUCCCUGGAGCUCUGGGGAAGGAGCUCCAGAGCAGCUGGGCCCAGGCAGGGGAGAGCACCAGGUCUGCCAAGGACUGCACCGACAACGGUGACAGAUUGGGGAUCCCAGGGGAGUUUGGCCAGACCUCCCAGGGAGUGCACAUCUCCAAGCGACUCCUGUUCUCCAUGGUGCACGAGAAAACAGAUAAAUGGGACCCGUUUAUCAUGGAAACGGAGGAUAUUAACACUCUACGGGAAUGUGUGCAGAUACUAUUCAACAGCAGAUACGCAGAGGCUCUUGGGUUGGAUCACAUGGUCCCCGUGCCGUACAGGAAGAUAGCGUGCGAUCCCGAGGCAGUGGAGAUCAUCGGCAUCCCUGACAAAAUCCCCUUCAAGCGGCCCUGCACCUACGGGGUCCCCAAACUCAAACGCAUCCUGGAGGAGAGGCAUGCAAUCCGCUUUGUUGUGAAACGAAUGUUCGAUGAGCGGAUUUUUACAGUUUAUAAAGCAGGGGGCAAGGCAUCGAAGGAGGCAGGGCUGCAGGAUGCUGGCUCUCCCUCGGAAGACAUCUCUGCAGAGACUGCGCUUGACCUGGCUGUGAACACACACAAUAGCAGAUGUACCAGUUCCUGUGUCAGUCCUACACAAGACUGUGAAGCAGGGGCGUGGAGAGAAGCAGGCCCUGUAAAGAAGAUUAAAUCGGAGCCUGUGGAUGAAGACAUCAUUCAGGUCACAGUCCCUGACGUGUCCGUCUCUUCUGAAGAAGUGAGCGAGUCCGGGCCUGACCCCAUUACUCUGGAGAUCAGCCAUGUUUCAGAGCAGAACACAGUUUCAGAUGAAGCAACAGGAGAUGAUCGCACACCCCCAGUUACACAGAGGACUACUGAAGAGGACCUGGGAGAGAUGAUUCUGCACCUAAGGAAGCAGGUGGAAAGCCUUUUUAAUGCCAAGUAUGCGGAGGCCCUGGGUCUCCCUGAGCCCACCCGGGUUCCCUACUCCAAGUUCCAGACGUACCCCGAGGACCUGUCUGUGACGGGCCUCCCCGAUGGCAUGGCAUUCCGCCGGCCCAACUGCUUUGGCAUCUCCAAGCUGCACAAGAUCCUGUCCGCCAGCGACCACGUGCGAUUCCACAUCAAGCGACCAGAGCUGCUAACUGAAGGCUUGAAGCUUGACGCUCAUCAACCCCCCAGCAACACAGGUGUGGAACUGCACUCCAAGGACUCUGGAAUGGAUGAAUUACAAGCUGCAGCAAAGAGACCUGGGUACUCAGACAGUUUGGAAGCGAAGCUCUCCAGGAUCGACUUGGCCAACACUCUGAGAGAGCAGGUGCAGGAUCUCUUCAACAGGAAGUACGGUGAGGCUCUGGGUAUUAAGUACCCGGUUCAGGUCCCCUACAAGCGGAUAAAGAGUAACCCGGGCUCAGUGAUCAUCGAGGGCCUGCCCCCUGGGAUCCCCUUCAGGAAACCCUGUACCUUCGGCUCCCAGAACCUGGAGAGAAUCCUGUCUGUCGCUGACAAGAUCCACUUCACCAUCACCAGGCCUUUCCAAGGACUUAUCCCAAAACCCGCUCCGAGGAGAAUCACCUUGUUAAAAAAGGCCUACGCUUCCAUAAGUGAAGAUGAAGAGGUGAACCGGAUGGGAGAGAAGGUGAUUCUGCGAGAGCAGGUGAAGGAGCUCUUCAAUGAAAGAUAUGGUGAGGCUCUAGGACUGGACCGGCCAGUCUUGGUUCCCUACAAGCUGAUCCGGGGCAGUCCUGACUCCAUUGAGGUUUCAGGACUGCCAGAGGAGAUCCCCUUCCGGAACCCCAACACCUAUGACAUCACCCGUCUGGAGAAGAUCCUGCAACACAGGGAGCAGGUCAAGAUGCUCAUCAAGAGCCAGCUACAGCCUUUUGCAGAAAUUUGCACACAAGCACCCAAAACAGCGAAAGAAGGCUCUGCCCACAAGCGUAAACGGAAGAGGCUUCCAGAUGGAGGCAAUGUGCCCGCCUCCUCGGGGGUGGAGUCAAGCACAGCAGCCAAUCAGAUUCCUGUGAUGCAGUGGCCCAUGUAUAUGUUGGACUACAGUGGAGUGAAUGCCCAGGUGCCUGGGCAAGUGAAAUACUAGAAGCCCAACACAGGGCAGCAUAUUAACACAAGGACAAUUGAGAAGUAUUUAUGAAUAGCAAUAUAUAACCUGUUGCUGAUGGAUGUCUGUGCCACUGAACAAACUCAACUGGAAGAAAAGUACCAUGGAUCUGGGGACUUACUGCAACAUGUUAACCAAUCGGAACAAAGCUACAGCUGUAUGCUUCACCAGGCUGGGAGACAGUGAGGGCCGGACAGGAAAGCAAUAGCUUUCAUUGUCACAUGAAACCUCCUCCUUACUUUACAUCCUUGCGGUCAGAACACUUAGGUUCUUGGGUAAAGUAGACAUGCCUUCUUCAGUGUUAUGAGUUUUUAGUAAACCAUUCAAACAUUGUAGGAAUAUCGAAUGAUAUCUGUAUUUGAAAGAAUGGUUCAAGUCAAAGAAAAGUCAAAUUAAUAAUACACAUUACCUACAAACAAAUAGUUAUUUUGUGAUGGGGGGGGGGAGGACUUCUUCCAGGAAGAAGUAGACCAUGAGACUGUGUGAUGCACAUUGCAGCUCCAGACUGAUGUAAAGUGAAUAAGAAGCAGGUGCUUUUUCAUUUUUUAACAGGGUAAUAAUAUUCAUUUCUUAAUAAGCAGUUAUAAUUAUGUUAAGAAUCAUUUUCUUAAGUAAAUAAUUGUAAAGUGAAAUUUGCUACAGUGGAACACAGACUACAGUGUGCGUAUCGGGACCCUGUGGCUGUAUAUGCUAAUAUUAAACAGCUUCACCUUUUAGUGGUGGUACAUUUGGUGUGAAUACCACCUAGUAUUACCCGUUCACCUACUAUAGAUGUGAAAAGGUGAGAAAUACGAAUGGUUUUUAUUUCUGAUGUAUAAAAACACCACCACAUAUACGGCUAAACUCACAACACUGAUGAAAGCAUUAGCUGACAUUUUGGUCUGUUUGAGUUACAUAUACUAGUUUUACCUUGGAUUGAUUUCAAGGCCAGUAGUCUGUGAGUUAACUAAUACCAAAUCUCAGGCACUGAUGUGCGGACAUGGCAAAGUCAUUACACAGCCACUCAAACACAUACUGUUACUCAUUGAUUGUGGAGGGCAGCUGCUGGAAUCGAAGCACAUCGUCUCUGAACUGGUCAAGUGUGUAAUAACUGGAGAAAUUGUAGUGGGUAAUAGCUACACUCUGAUUUAAAUAACUAUGAAUUAAUACAAUAAUGAAUGUACUCACGUACACACGCGGUCUUCACUCCCAAUUUAAUGACAUUACAUCUCACUGUAGCCCUCCUGGUGAUAUUGUCAGCAAUCUUAUUUACAUCUAGAUCUCUGGUAAGGUCUUGAUGAAUAUUAGAGUAAGUAGCGGGGUUCUGAUAAAUAUAGCAUUCCACGUCCCCUUGUGUUGCUACAACUGUUUAAAUAACGUGCCUGUCAUUUUUCUUUUCAUUGUUAACCUCCUGAACACUUUUUUUACACUUUAGAACUUUAAAGUCUGUUUCAAAGCUGUUUUCAAAAUGUCUGCUCUAGUGCACUGGGUUUUGAGAUGAGCGAUUUUAAAAAUAAACAUAACAAGUGCUCUGGCUUUUCUGUUCCGUACCACAUCAUGGAUCGUUAUUGCUGUGUUACCUGUUUGACAAUGUGGGCAAUAAUCCUAACACUAUCAGUGCACUAGAGCAGACAUUUUGAAAAGACAUUUGAAACAGACACUUUUUACACUUAUAACGGUAACAUAAACGUACAAGUACAUUAUUUAAACCUUAGCAACACGUGGGGACAUGUAGUGUUAUAUUUUUCAGAACCCCAGUACUUACUCUUUAAGGACAGCAAGAUUAUCAUCUGUAACUCAGAUGGAUUUACCAGUGAGCAGGAGGAUGAUGGGAAAUGUAGUUCUGAGAGGUCCAUGUGGGUACAUGUGAAGCCAUCUUGAGGCAGGGAAUGCAAUUUAAAAGUUUAAAAACACACACCUCACGUAAACAGUUGUAGCAACACAUGGGAACAUGUAACACCGUAAAAUAAAAAGGUCCUUAUGUACCCUUUAAAGUCUUCUAGGCUGGAGAAUAAGCGUUCUGCAGCGCAGGGUGAAACAGGCGUAGUCAGAAGGAUUCUUCAGUUUUUGGAAAUGCGAUGAUGUCAUGAACACUGGAUAUUUUUCUGCUGAGUUGUAUCCAAAACAUGUCUUGAUCGAAGUUUUAAUCUGUGCACAUCAAAGUAAUUUGUAUAAAACUCCAUUACUUACUCAACUUUACCAUUUUACUUUAACAGCUAUAAUAGUUGUGAUUGUGAAGCAUCCACACUACAGUUUGACAAAACUGUACCAGUAUGGACUGAGUAUGACUCACUAUUGUUUUAUAGUUAUAGUUAUAAAAUGCCAAAAACACGUCAGUUAUGUUGAUGACAGUUGAUGCUUGCUGUUUUUAAAAAGCUGCUAUAAGGAUCCCUAAGCUGACUACUACAGUACUAGCAAUGGUAGCAUCGUAGUGGAUUAGGCUUGAUACAGUAGCACUGUGCCUGGUACAGAUCUCAUGGCACAGAUGCCAUGGUACUGCAGUGGAUUAACAGGGUGUAUUAAUUCAUAUCACUAAAAUCCUACUGAUAUUUGAAAAUGUGAAUGACUGGGGGCCCAUUCUAGAAACAGCAACCUCAUACCAAUAGUGCUACCUCUGCCUUUUAGUAAAGAAGUGGUGUAUAGCCAUUGAAGAUCACUUGGUAAGUUAAUUUUGAAAAAAUAUAUCUCUGAUUCAGUUUUAAUAAAUGAUCAGAAUUUGGAGAGAAGCCAGUGCUCCUUAAAGAUAUAUGAAUAGUGAAACUCAAGAAGACUGCAGAUUCUAAUGCUUUUAUGAGGGCCCGUGUACCACACUCAGAGAGAGAGAACCUCAGUCCUGAUCUGAACACCCCCUGCCUUCCUCCCAUUCAGUCCAGGGCCUCUCUCAAGCAGAGGCUUGACCAUUGCACCUAACUGAGUCACAGUUUUCUAACGAACAAACCAAAUGCAUUUCAUUUUGUGACCUGAGCGUUCUGCAUGUACAGCAUUCCUCAAUGUUCAUCAGCACAGCACCGGUAAGUCCUGGAAGAUUCCUCAGCGUGAUUGGUUGUGUUGCACAUGAACCGUAAGCAACAGAUUAUAUUGUGAUAGUGAAAUAACUAGAAUCGGUUAUGAAUGUAAUUUAUGUAUAAAAGAAGAGAGACCUGUAUAUUCUAACCUGUAACAUUGCCUUUCACAGUUACUGGUAUCUAGAAUUUCUACGCUGUAUUCUUGCCAUCAUGGCCUUGGAAAUAAAAUGUGUUGCCUUGCAUUUUUA